AUUCAACUUUUUAAAAGUUCUAUAGAAGUCUUUAUUUUUUUUAUACUAAAAAAAAAUAAAAAUUUUCGAUUAUAUAUAAAUUACAGAAAACUUAAUAAGAUUUUAGUUAAGAAUUACUAUUUUUUAUUUUUAAUUUUAGAAAUUUUAGAUAAGAUUAUAGAAGCUAAAUAUUUCUUUAAACUAGAUAUUUAG